AUGGCAGUGACUGUUCUACCUUUCGUUCAACAAAUUAUGAUUCGAUAUAUCAUGAGCACCUAUUUCGCAUUUGGUCUCAUCGGUAAUAUCUUCAAUUGUAUUAUUUUCACCAAACAAACACUACGACAACAAACACCCUGCUCAAUCUAUCUUCUGGCACUUUCCAUCUUUGCAUUCGUCUAUCUUCUUUGGUCAGUUAUACCACUUCUCUACACUCUUGAUCAUAUCGAUCCACAAGUGCAAUCAUUAGUUUAUUGUAAAGUGCGAUUGUAUGGUAGUCAUGUGCUUGGUCAAUUCGUUCGAUUCUCAGUGGUGUUCGCUUGUGCUGAUCGCUUUUUCAUUACAAGAACAAGUGCGCACAUACGUGCUUGGAGCUCGUUUGAUACAGCGAAAAAGAUGAUUGCUGUAAUGUGUAUAUUUUGGCUCAUAGCUGGUUCACAUUUACCAGUAUUCAUGGAUAUUCGUGGUGGUGUAUGCUGGAUGUUCGACUUCUACAAGUUCUUCUAUCCAAUCUAUCAGUGCACUCUAGUCGGUGUGUUACCACCGGUGUUGAUGAGCGUGUUUGGCUUUCUCACUGUCCACACACUCCGUCAACGUCAUGCUACGAACGAACAUAUUCGACAAAAGGAUCGUGACCUCAUGAGAAUGCUCAUUGCGGAGAUCUUGAUUAACAUCGUCACAUCCAUUCCGUUCUCAGCUAACCUGUUGUAUGGUACUGCCACGUUCUAUGUCGUCGGGAAAAGUGGCGAACGAGUGGAGAUCGAAAACUUCGUGAACUUUGUGUCCCAAUUUCUGAUUCAUUUGCUGAGUGUGGCUCCGUUUUAUUUAUUUUUAAUGUCAUCGAAGUCAUUUCGACGUGAGUUUGUGCAUAUCGUGCGAGGUUGUUGGCGCAAUUAUGUACGUCGACGUGGAAGAGUUGGUCCACCGAUAAGUCAAAUCACCGCAACCAUGCAACAUAGAGAACAAACGCAUUCACUUGUUUGA